CUGAACGUGGACUUUCAGCCGAUCUCUCCACUAAAAUACGAUCCAGACGAUCCGUCGACAUUUCCUCCGGAGGAAAAGCCGCCGAAAAGCUCCGAUAAGAAAGCGGACAAGGAUAAGAAGGCCAAGGAAAAAGAGAAAAAAGAGAAAGAUAAAAAACCGCCGCCAAAAAGCCAAGCAAGCCAGCUUCGUUCGGCCUAUCGUCCUCCUGUUGGAGCACUUCGAGAAGCGAACGACCUCGAAACGGUAAACGGUAUGGUGAGCAACUGGGGAGCCGUUCAAGAACCGUUGCCGGCCGAUAACGAAAAACCAAAAUGA